CACGCGGAGAAAGCCCCACCCCCAUUUCCCAACCAUCUUCUUCCUCCCUCCUUUUCAGGAAAUGACAAAUAUUUGCACCCGGGUCAACCAGCCCUCCUGUCUCGCCCCCACCUAAACCCUCCCUCCGCCCCCUAAGGCAGCCCUGCGAACCCCAUAGCUGUUCGGGAGGGCGCAUGGGACUCCGGCGAUGGGCAGGUGGAGGCUGAUGUGGCGGGCUUGGGGGCGCACGAAUCCCCCGGGACUGAGAUCCGCGGUGAGUGGAAAGCCUCGCUUUUUAAAAAAGAGAGAUGCGUGCGAUCCCGACGAGCGUGGGCGGAGCCCGUUGUUUUGCAAACACGUUGCCCGCGUGCGGACGUGCAGGGAGCCGCGUCUGCAAGAUGGGGAAGGGGCGGUGCGCGGGGAUCGUCUUUGAACGCAGACUUGGGUGGGAAAUCCCGGGGAGCUUGGCGGGGGGUGGGUAGGACGACUCUCUCCUCACGAGGAAGCCUCUGCACGGAGUCGGAUCGAGUUGGGAAAUGGAGAACCCCGCAUCCAGCCCCACCCCCCAAAAAAAACCUCCCCACAUUUGAUAGUGGGCGGUAGAGGGAAUCGCCCCCCUGGCAAGCGCCGUUUGUUUUGCAAAGCGUGCGCGCCCUCGGGGCUUCCAUAUGGCGAGCGUCUGCCUGCAAGGGGAGGAAGGUGGACGGCUCUUGCACAGAGGACGAAGGGGAAAGUUGCCACGAGUUUAGCCUUCAGAUGAUCGCAGCGCCCGUGAGAGUGGAGAGGCCCGGAGAAACUGCAGUGGGUGGUGAGAGGCCCUUAGGAUACAAACGGGUGGGGCCGCGCCAGACAGAGCAAAACCGCAAAACUCUUAUUUAAAAAACACCAAAGCAAAGCCAUUUGCGAUUCUGCCCCUCUGAACAUGGUGCCACCUCUUUUUCCAGUUCCUCCCGCUCCGCCAUUGGCUUCAUGUGUUGGAAGGCGGCGCAUGCACCUUGCAUUUAAAGCACAUUCCACCAGCGCCCCCGGGAUCCUGGGAAAUGCAGUUUACCAGUCGCGGUACUACAAUUCCCAGACCCCUUUUCUAAAAAUGAUGGUUCCUAAGAUUUGGGGAGGUGCUUUUAAAAUGUGAUUUGUACACACCCAAAGAUUCCUGCUAGGCCUGUCUAGUUCAGGAAUGGGGGACCUCAGGCACAGUUGCGAAAGGCAGUUCUCCAAGCUUCGUUUUUGGGCCCUCGGGUCUCUUUGCCAAGCUGUGAGUUCUCACCGGCCCUCCUUCCGUGUUUUGCUUGCCUGGAUGAAGAGUUUUGGGACAUGCAGAAACAUCGGCCUUUUGUAUAACUGGGAUGUACCCAACUGCACAACCGUAAAUGUAAACAGCCACAUUUUUGCUUCUGAAAAGUGACUCCUGGAAUUUGCCCUCUCUGAGUGGCAAAAUUUCUCAGCCCCUGAUCUAGUCCCAACAUCCUGUUGCCGCAGUGGCCAGACAGACGAUGCCACUGCCAUGGAAUGACCGCAGGCAGGACACGAGGACAACAGUCUUUUCCCACCUCCAUUCCCAAGCAGCUGCCAAUCAGAGGCAAUGAACUCGUAAAGGUAAAGGUAAAGGGACCCCUGACCAUUAGGUGCAGUCAUGGCUGACUCUGGGGUUGUGGUGCUCAUCUCGCUUUAUUGGCCGAGGGAGCCGGCGUACAGCUUCCGGGUCAUGUGGCCAGCAUGACUAAGCCGCUUCUGGCGAACCAGAGCAGCGCACAGAAACGCCGUUUACCUUCCCGCCGGAGUGGUACCUAUUUAUCUACUUUGACGUGCUUUUGAACUGCUAGGUUGGCAGGAGCAGGGACCGAGCAACGGGAGCUCACCCCGUCGUGGGGAUUUGAACUGCUGACCUUCUGAUUGGCAAGUCCUAGGCUCUGUGGUUUAACCCACAGCGCCACCCGCUUCCCUCAAUGAACUCUUAUUCCUCACUAUAACCAGACUUCUAAGAAUGUGUGCCCACAUCCCUCCCCUUUUGUUUUAUCUACAGUCUACUCAUUAAAAACCCCCCUGUAAAGAUUCCUGGAAACUAGUUUGUUAAGGGUGCUGGGAAUUGUAGCACUGUAAAGGGUGGAACUCACAGAGGUUUAACAAGCAACCCCUCUUCCCAGGGAACUUUGUAGCUCUCUUGAAGGCAUCCUGACACCUUUGAGUGCCCUUAACAAAACUACAGUUCCCAGGAUUAUUUGAGGGGCGGGGGAGCUGAUUAAAGCGGUAUGAUACUUGGUCAAACUCAAAGUAGACCCAUUGAAAUUAGUGGUCAUGACUGACGUAGGACCAUUAAUUUAAAUGGGCUUCCUCUGCAUAGAACUCAUUGUUGUUUGUGCUGUGCAUAGAUGCUGAGGACAGAGCCUUAUUGAGGGUAGGGCAAGAGGCAGGGCUUUGUACAUGUUUUGUCUUUUUGGGUCGGCAGCACACAAAGGCGGCUUAAUUAAAACCUGUUUGUGGGGAUUUGCCCUUGGGGAAAUCUCAGCAGCCACUGGAGAUAUUUAUUGAGUGGAGUGUUAGAAACUCAGAUACAGAAGCUAAUUGCCAAAUGGUACCUUAAACCUGAAGGGCCGCGGGUGGCGUUGUGGGUUAAACCACAGAGCCUAGGACUUGCCAAUCAGAAGGUCGGCGGUUCGAAUCCCCAUGACGGGGUGAGCUCCUGCUGCUCUGUCCCAGCUCCUGCCAACCUAGCAGUUCGAAAGCAUGUCAAAGUGCAAGUAGAUAAAUAGGUACCACUCCGGUGGGAAGGUAAACGGUGUUUCCGUGCGCUGCUCUGGUUCGCCAGAAGCAACUUAGUCAUGCUGGCCACAUGACCCGGAAGCUGUAUGCCGGCUCCCUCAGGCCAAUAAAGCGAGAUGAGCGCCGCAACCCCAGAGUCGGCCACGACUGGACCUAAUGGUCAGGGGUCCCUUUACCUUUACCCUUUACCUUAAACCUAGGUUACGGUCACCGCGCUGUAAUGUCUAGGUGCCUUUUUUUUUUUACAGUGAAAUUUUUUAUUCAUGCUGUUGUUACUAUUUUUCACUUUAUUUUUUAAAGAAAAAAUUUCAGUGCGGUUUACAACGCAUCAAAACAUCAAAUAAAGCAACCCAGGAAAAAAAAUCAAAUUCAAGCAUCAAUAAAAAAAAUUCAGAUACUUUUCUACAUGACAUUUUACAUUUCCCAGCUUUAUAUUUACAGUGGUACCUCAGGUUAAGAACUUAAUUCGUUCUGGAGGCCCGUUCUUAACAUGAAACUGUUCUUAACCUGAGGUACCACUUUAGCUAAUGGCGCCUCCCACUGCUGCCACGUGAUUUCUGUUCUCAUCCUGAAGCAAAGUUCUUAACCCGAGGUAAUAUUUCUGGGUUAGCAGAGUUUGUAACCUGAAGCUUCUAUAACCCGAGGUACCACUGUAUAGCUGUCCCAUAGCAUAAGGACUCUAGGAAGCCAGUGUAGUGUAGUGGUUAAAGUGUCAGACUAGGUAACCUGGGAGAUCAGGGUUCAAAUCCCCACUCAGUCCUGAAACUCACCGGGUGACCUUGGAGUCAGUUGCAGCCUCUUAACCUACCUCACAGGGUCGUCGUAGGGAUUAUCUGAGGAAGGGGUGUGUGAACCAUAGACUCCUUGGAUAAAAAGGUGGGCUAUAAAUGCAGUAAAUGGAUGGAUGGCGGCUAACAGAUUGAGGCUGGAUCCUGACAAGAGAGAAGUACUGUUUUUGGGGGACAGGGGGAGGGCGGGUGUGGGGGACUCCCUGGUCCUGAAUGGGGUAACUGUGCACCUGAAGGAUCAGGUGCGCAACUCGGGAGUCAUUUUGGACUUGCAGCUGUCCAUGGAAGAGCAGGUCAAUUCUGUAUCUAGGGCAGCUGUUUAUCAGCUCCAUCUGGUACGCAGACUGAGACCCUACCUGCCCACGGACUGUCUCGCCAGAGUGGUGCACUUGGACUUGGUUAUCUCUCGCUUGGACUACUGCAAUGCACUCUAUGUGGGGCUACCUUUGAAGGUGACCUGGAAACUACAACUAAUCCAGAAUGCGGCAGCUGGACUGGUGACUGGGAGCGGCCGCCGAGACCACAUAACACCGGUCUUGAAAGACCUACACUGACUCCCAGUUCGUUUCCGAGCACAAUUCAAAGUGUGGGUGCUGAUCUUUAAAGCCCUAAAUGGCCUCGGCCCAGUAUACGUGAAGGAGCGUCUCCACCCCCAUCGUUGUCCCCGGACAAUGAGGCCCAGUGCCAAGGGCCUUCUGGUGGUUCCCUCGUUGUGAAAAGCCAGGUUACAGGGAACCAGGCAGAGGGCCUUCUUGGUGCUGGCACCCGCCCUGUGGAACGCCCUCCCACCGGAGAACUGUGGGGAUGCAACAACUACCAGACUUUUAGAAGACAUCUGAAGGCAGCCCUGUUUAGGGAAGCUUUUAAUGUUUGAUGCAUUACUGUGUUUUAAUAUUUUGUUGGAAGCCGCCCAGAGUUGCUGGGGAAACCCAGCCAGAUGGGCGGGUUAUAAAUAAUAAAUUAUUUUUAUUUUUAUUAUUAUUAUUAGUAGUAGUAGUAGUAGGAAGGGGCUAGCCAGAUGGAGACGUCAACACCCAGAAAUCUCCUUGUGGCGCCUGGGGAAUUUCUGACCCUGCUUGGGUGGGAGUGACUGUUCUUUUGACUCUGCCCUUUCUUCCCUUCCAGACACUCCACUGCAGGCAUGCCUCAUCCUUCCCGCUCCCUCGCCAGCCCUUGCCCUCGCUGGCAGAGACCACGGCCCGCUACCUGCGCUCCCUGGAGCCGCUGGUGAGCCCAGAGGAGCUGGAGCAGACGCAGCAGCUGCUGGCUGAGUUUGGGGUGCCAGGCGGAGAGGGCGAGAGGCUCCAAGCACGACUGCAGCGCCGGGUGGACCGCAUGGAGAACUGGGUAAGGAAGGGGGACCCGGGGCUCUGCAGAGAGACCCCACAAAGCAGGAAGAAGCCGUCGGUGGCAGUGGGGCUUCCCAGCAGAGCUCUCCGGGCAAAUUCGCGGCAUACAUUGAAAGAGCUAUGCUACCAUGUUAAACAGCCAUGGCUCCCCCCCAAGGGAUUCUGGGAACUGAGUGAUGCUAAGCCCCUCGCAGAGUUGCAGCUUCAUUAUAUACCAGGCAUCCCCAAACUCGGCCCUCCAGAUGCUUUGGGACCACAACUCCCAUCAUCCCUAGCUAGCAGGACCAGUGGUCAGGGAUGAUGGGAAUUGUAGUCCCAAAAUAUCUGGAGGGCCAAGUUUGGGGGUGCCUGUUAUACACCUUUAGGUGCCUGGUGAAACUAUUCCUUUUUAACUGGGCCUUUGGUUUUCGAGAGUAAUUGCUUCCAUUUUCGAACGCGCCUCAGAAGUCGAAUGGCUUCCGCUGCAUGUUUUUCAAUUUUCUGAACGGGUUUUCGGACGUUUCGGAAGUCAAAACACUCUUCCGGAAUGGAUUAUGUUUGAAAACCGAGGUUCCACUGUUUAUAUUUUGUAAUUUUAUGUUGCGAACUGCCUGGAGAUCUACGGGUAUAGGCCGGUACACAAAUUUAAACAGCAACACAGUUUCCAGAGUCGUUUCACAGUCACCGGGAACGCAGGGGGUUGUAGCUCUGGGAGGAGAAUCAGGGUCUCCUAACAGCUCCCAGGACCCUAAAUAACAAAUUACAGGUCCCAUGAUGAUUUGGGGAAAGGCAUGGCUGUUUUAAAGUUGGUGCCGUAGCUGCUCCGUUAGGACGGACAGGGCACGGCCCAGGAGCAGACCUUGGUAAUCUGCCACCUGUGCAAGGCCAUUUGACGCCCUCCUGCCAGCCCUUGUGGCGCUGGCUGAAGCUGGGCUUUGGGAAGGAGGCGUGAGGCUGUGGCAGGGUCCCAGAGCCCGUAAAACUCCUUCCCAUAGCCCAGUAAGUAGGACUUUAGGGACCUGUCAAAGCCAUGACGCCUCCUUCCUGAAACUGGGUAAGCACCCACUAGGCUUUGAGAAGGCGCCCUUCUCAUCUGCCAUUGGGCUCCUUGCCUUCCUCCCAACACCAGCUGCCACUGACAACACUUAACAUAAAGUCUAGCUUCCAAUUUUUCUUCUCCUGCUUUAACCCCUCCUCCUGUUCCUUUCCCUUCCUCUGUUUCACCUGUGCCAGAUUUUAGAUUGUAAGCUCUCUGGGGCAGAGACCUGCCCUGUUGUGCUCUGUGAAGCGCUAUGCACAUAAAAAUUCAUGCACAAAUUAAUAAUAACAAUAGAUAACAACAGCACCUGGAAACAGACAGCCAUGCUGUGUGCAUCCAUAUCAUUGACCCAGUGGCGUAGCGUGGGGGGUGCAGGGGGGGCCGGCCGCACCGGGCGCAACAUCUGGGGGGGGGGCGCUCGCACUCGCAGCUCUCUGCCCCUACUAAAAUCCACGGGCUAGGGGGCGCAAAUUACUUGCAUUGCCCCGGGUGCUGACAACCCACGCUACGCCACUGUAUUGACCGGAGGAGGAAUGGCUGCUGGGAGGAGCACAGAGAGAAGAAAUGCCAUGUUGCAUUUGUAACAGCAAAACCGGACGCCUUCAUCUGCCCCGGCUGCAACAAAACAUGUCUCUCCUGAUUCUACAGCCACAGCAGGCGCUGCAAUCGUCCAAUGGUUUUACUUCACCCCCCAAAAGGCACACUCCUCCAUUGUCUCCUGAGACAGAGGGAUGCCAACCAGAAACCAGAUGAGAUGUGGGGAAUCUUUGGCCCUCCAGAUGUUGCUAAACUACAACUCCCAUCAGGAAGCACCUCCAUUGUCCAAGAAGGAUGGGAGUUAUAGUUCAGCAACAUCAGGAGAGACAAAGGUACACUACCCCUACCAUAAAUGAGCUGUGAAAGACACUUGGAGGAUGGGGGUGACCAGUAUUUUUCUUGAAAAAGGUAAAGGACCCCUGGACGGUUAAGUCCAGUCAAAGGCGACUAUGGAGUUGCGGCGCUCAUCUUGCUUUUCAGGCUGAGGAAGCCACCGUUUGUCCACAGACAGCUUUCCGGGUCAUGUGGCCAGCAUGACUAAACCACUUCUGGCACAAUGGGACACCGUGAUGGAAACCAGGGCGCACGGAAUAUUCUGUUUACCUUCCUGCCACAGUGGUACCUAUUUAUCUACUUGCACUGGUGUGCUUUUGAACUGCUAGGUUGGCAGGAGCUGGGACAGAGCAACGGGAGCUCACCCCGUUGCAGGGAUUCGAACUGCCAACCUUCCGUUGGCAAACACAAGAGGCUUGGUGGUUUAGAAAACUCACCACGAACACCUCCCUCAAUGGCGCCCAUCUGAGAGGUGCCGGAACUGAGUUCCUGCUACUACUUCCAGGAAAAAAGCCCUGGUGGGGGGGUGACACAUCAGGGCAGAGAGAAGUGUUGUAUUCCCUUGUCCUAACUGAGAGCCAGUGUGGUGUAGUGGUUAAGAGCAGUGGACUCAUAAUCUGGUGACCUGGGUUCGAUUCCCCACUCCUCCACAUACAGCUGCUGGGUGACCUUGGGCCAGUCACACUUCUCUGAAGUCUCUCAGCCCCACUCACCUCACAGAGUGUUUGUUGUGGGGGAGGAAGGGAAAGGAGAAUGUUAGCCGCUUUGAGACUCCUUAGGGUAGUGAUAAAGCGGGAUAUCAAAUCCAAACUCUUCUUCUAACUGUAUCCCAUUCAUUCCAGAUCACAGACUGGUGGGUUCAGUCAGCGUACCUGGAAAGCCGCCUGCCCCUGGCUGUUCACUCCAGCCCCGCUGUCGUGCUGCCCAAGCAGGAUUUUAAUGACUGGAAAGGACAACUGAGGUAAGGAAGGGGGCAGUGGGUGGGGGAUGGAAGGAUACUCAAGAUGGGUGGGGAAUUUUGGCAGUCGGUGGGGAAGCUGCCUUGGCUUUAGGCUGCUCAGGUUAUGUUCCCUGCACAACCCACUUCUGAGGUCCAGAUUCAAGGUGAGGGCCUUCUGGCAAUUCCCUCCCUGCGAGAAGUGAGGUUACAGGGAACCAGGCAGAGGGUCUUCUUGGUGGUGUCACCCGCCCUGUGGAAGGCCCUCCCAUCAGGUGUCAAGGAAGGUGUCAGCGUGAUUCCAGGCAGCCCCUUAAAGUAACAAACAAGUGUGUGCCACAUCAAUUUUUUGAAGGAAUGAGCCAUCAGUGUAAGGAGCAUAUAAUGCAUUUUUAUUCUGUGAUAACUUAGCAUUUGGCAUAUCAAAAGGGGACUGAGGCAGAAGGAAAAUCAGGUAAUGCAACAUGUUAUUUAAAUUGAUUUCAUGAUCAGCAACGUAAAAGCAAAUUAAGCAUCAAUACAGUGGUACCUCGGGUUAAGUACUUAAUUCGUUCCGACGGUCCGUUCUUAACCUGAAACUGUUCUUAACCUGAAGCACCACUUUAGCUAAUGGGGCCUCCUGCUGCUGCUGCGCCGCCGGAGCACGAUUUCUGUUCUCAUCCUGAAGCAAAGUUCUUAAUCCGAGGCACUAUUUCUGGGUUAGCAGAGUCUGUAACCUGAAGCGUAUGUAACCUGAAGCGUAUGUAACCCGAGGUACCACUGUAUCUGACUUUUAGAAGACAUCUGAAAGCAGCCCUCUUUAGGGAAGUUUUAAAUGUUUGAUGUUUUAUUGUAUUUUUAAUACUUUGUUGGAAGCCGCCCAGAGUAAUAAUAAUAAUAAUAAUAAUAAUAAUAAUAAUAAUAAUAAUUUAUACCCUGCCCAUCUGGCUGGGCUUCCCCAGCCACUCUGGGUGGCUUCCAACAAAAUAUUAAAAUACAGUAAUGCAUCAAACAUUAAAAGCUUCCCUAAACAGGGCUGCCUUCAAAUGUCUUCUAAAAGUUUGGUAGUUGUUGUUCUCUUGGACAUCUGGUGGGAGGGCGUUCCACAGGGUGGGUGCCACUACCGAGAAGGCCCUCUGCCUGGUUCCCUGUAACUUGGCUUCUCGCAGCAAGGGAACCAUCAGAAGGCCCUCGGCGCUGGACCUCUGUGUCCAGGCAGAACAAUGGGGGUGGAGACACUCCUUCAGAUGUACUGGACCGAGGGCUUUUUAGGGUGACUGGGGAAACCUAGCCAGAUGGGUUCUGUUCAUCCAGGGGGAACCUUUGGCCCGCCAGAGUUUUACUCCCAACUCCCAUCAGCCCAAGACAGCAUGGCCAGUGGUCAGGUGUUGUGGGAGUUGUAGUUCUGCAACACCCGGAUAGCACGGGUUCGCCAUGCCGUGUUAAUCCUGCAGCAGGAGCUCUUAUUUAAGCUGCCCGUGUGAACACACCCCUGGCUUGAAUCCGGGUUGUCGCACAACUGCUUCAGGCUGAGUCACGGUGUUUAGAAAUGAGCUCACCCCGACACCGAACUAGUUAAGCAUGAUGUAAAACGAAGUAUAAUUACCAAGUGGGUGGAUGGCAAUUAACCACAGCUAUCCCUGCGGUUAAUAAACCUGUUGCUGGCAGCAGAUCAAAGUGGACCGGGUGACCAAACCUGUAUCCUUAUGAUGGCUUCUUGGGAAGGAACAAUUGUGCUGGGGGUAUAGCUCAGCGGUAGAGCAUUUGACUGCAGAUCAAGAGGUCCCUGGUUCAAGUCCGGGUGCCCCCUCUUUUUGGAGGAAUUCACAUUUUUUAUCCUUCCCUAGCCCCAGUGUUUCAGGUUAGUUAAAAUGUAUAAUUGUUUUUCCUUUGGAAAAUAUUGCAAUAAGGGCCAGGACAGGCCCCAUAUUCCUCGUUCAAGUCCAGUGCUCCCUUAUGUGGGGCGGGGGGAGAAAACACCUUUUACAUUUUUGGUUCUUCCAAUCCCCAAAGCCUCCUCUUGUGGGUAAAAUCUUGAAAUACUUUGGCAGGUAAUUUUUGUCAUUGAACGGAACAUUUGAGCGAUACCAAUACAGUGGUACCUCGUGUUACGGACGGGAACCGUUCCGGAGGCCCAUCCAUAAUGUGAGAUGCCUGCAACUCGAAGACUGCGCUUGCACAGGCACGAAACAUGAUAUAGUGCCUCUGCACAUGCGCGAGCGGCGAAACCCAGAAGGAAACCAUUCCGGUACUUCCGGGUUGCCGCGGGACGUAACGCAAAAAGACGCAAAAUGAAGCAGACGCAACACGAGGUACGACUGUAUAUUUUGCCGUCGGAACUGGAGCAGCAAUUCUGUGUCCCCACAUGUCAAGGCACAUAGCCCUGAAGGGCUGGCCAUUAUUAUUAUUAUUAUUAUUAUUAUUAUUACUACUACUACAGUGGUACCUUGGGUUACAGACGCUUCAGGUUCCAGACGCUUCAGGUUCCAGACGCUUCAGGUUACAGACUCUGCUAACCCAGAAUUAGUACCUCGGGUUAAGAACAAUUUUGAAAACCCUCAAAAAGAAGCAAAAUAUUUUGCUACCGUCCUACUGGGAGAUGCUUCAUCCUUGGAUAGCUCAGUUGGUUUGAGCGUGGUGCCGAUAACACCAAGGUUGCAGGUUCAAUCCCUUAUGGGGCAGCUGCAUAUUCCUGUGUUGCAGGGGGUUGGACUAGAUGGCCCUUAGAGUCCCUUUCAGCCCUACAUUUCUGUGGUUCUUCAGGUUCAGGGGGGAAGUUGGAGGUCUUGACACUUUUGCUCUUUUCUUAACAAAAUCAGUAACACUGGUACCGGAGAUCCCACUACAGUGGUACCUCGGGUUACAUACGCUUCAGGUUACAUUCGCUUCAGGUUACAGACUCCGCUAACCCAGAAAUAGUACCUCAGGUUAAGAACUUUGCUUCAGGAUGAGAACAGAAAUCGUGCGGUGGCAGCGGGAGGCCCCAUUAGCUAAAGUGGUGCUUCAGGUUAAGAACAGUUUCAGGUUAAGAACGGACCUCCGGAACGAAUUACGUACGUACCACUGUACUAAUAAUUGCCCAUAAUCUGUGGCUACAGGAAGUGUUGGGUGUGUUCCCCACUUGUAGAUGGAAGGCAAACAAACAUAGGUGUGUGUGGUCCAUGCUCUGUGUCAACAGAGGCUGUGCUCUGGAAUACGUUCCCAAACCCUUUGCAAUGCAAGGGGUUUGUUGCCUACCAGAAAAGCUGCUCUGGGAAGAUUCCCUGCAGAUGGAAUAUUCAAAAGCAAUUACUCAUAAAUAUAUGGCAGAGAACAAUGUGGCAAAACCAGUGUCCAUAACUAAGCUUCAGGUGAGGCAUGUCUGUGUGCUGGGGGUAUAGCUCAGCGGUAGAGCAUUUGACUGCAGAUCAAGAGGUCCCUGGUUCAAGUCCGGGUGCCCCCUCUUUUUUAUUUUUAGGAGGGAUUUUGUUUGAUUUCUCACCUUCCCUUUCCUUAAAGGUUCAUAGUAAAUAAAAUUCAGGAGUAACCUCCUUACUAGGAACAUAUGGGAAAGUCUCAGGAAAGCGAUCUCACAUCUUUCAAUAUUACUUUCUCUAUUUCUACCCUGCUUUCUUGGCAAAAUGUCCACAAGGCAGCUUUCAACAAAAUAAGAUCAAAACACAACGUAAAAGCAAACAGACGUCAAAGAUCAUCAGCAGGUUAAAGCAGAAGCAGGCUACCCAAUAAAUAUGUGCUUGUAUACUAUCAAUAAAUAUUUACAGCCUUCAGUGAAGUUGGGAGGGAGACAGAUAUUUCCCUGCCCCAGAUGAAACAUAAUCCCCACAUUCCCAGCUUUCAUUAAUAAAAAAUAAAAAAUUAGAAUUUGUAGAACCCAGGAUCAGCAUCUUAAAAAGCAGAGACAUCACCUUGCCGACAAAGGUCCGUAUAGUUAAAGCCAUGGUUUUCCCAGUAGUGAUGUAUGGAAGUGAGAGCUGGACCAUAAAGAAGGCAGAUCGCAGAAGAAUUGAUGCUUUUGAAUUAUGGUGCUGGAGGAGACUCUUGAGAGUCCCAUGGACUGCAAGAAGAUCAAACAUGUCCAUUCUUAAGGAAAUCAGCCCUGAGUGCUCACUGGAAAGACAGAUCCUGAAGCUGAGGCUCCAAUACUUUGGCCACCUCAUGAGAAGAGAAGAUUCUCUGGAAAAGACCCUGAUGUUGGGAAAGAUGGAGGGCACAAGGAGAAGGGGACGACAGAGGACGAGAUGGUUGGACAGUGUUCUCGAAGCUACCAGCAUGAGUUUGACCAAACUGCGGGAGGCAGUGGAAGACAGGAGUGCCUGGCGUGCUCUGGUCCAUGGGGUCACGAAGAGUCGGACACGACUAAAUGACUAAACAACAACAGAACCCAGGAUGUGGGACAAAAUGCUCAGACACAGUUAGGGAUAUAGGAACUCCCUUAUACUGAGUCAGACCACUGGGAAACCCAGCCAGAUAGGUGAGGUACUGUAUAAAUAAUAAAAAAAUUAUAAUAUUAUUAUUAUGGUCCAUCUAGCUCUGUAUUGUCUACACUAAACUGGUAGCAGCUCUACCUAGCAAUGCCAAGACUUGAACCUGUAACCUCUUGUUUGCAAAUCAAACACUGUGCCUCUGAACUGUAGGCCUUCCCCUGUACUUCUCAUUGUUGGUGAGAAAUUAGCCUGCUCCCCCUUUUAAGGGUUUUACUUUGUACUCCACCCCCACAACACAGAACAAAAAUUCCCAUGGGUGCCCAUGCAGACAUUUCCAUUGCACAUUCCGGGAGCCACAACCGAGAAGUUCACGUAUCCGAUGACAAGUGGAACCAGGGUCCUGGGAAACCAUUCAAAGCUCAGAAUCAGUCUGGGAAGCAGCAAAACUAGAGAGAGGAGCAGUGCAAUGUGUUCUGAAUGGGCAACCCCCAUUAUGGCCUCUGUGAUUGAAUUUGGGUCCAAUUGGGCAGUCUCUGAUGGAAGACCAGUUCCGUGUCUGCAGGGCCAUUUCUGGGAACCAUCUUACUUUUGUGAUUUUGAGGUGUCUAAAGCUGUUUUUAACACUGUGUCUUAGAAUCAUAUAAUCAUAGAGUUGGAAGAGACCACAAGGGCCAUCAAGUCCAACCCCCUGCCAAGUGCCUCUUAGUGUUGUAACCCACUCCGGGACCUUAGGGUGAAGGGCAGGUAAAUAAUAAUAAUAAUAAUAAUAAUAGCAGAGUAAGAGGUGCCUGAUUCAAGCUCAGGUGCUUUCCAUCUUUUUAAAGGCAUGCCUGCAUCUCUCUCUCUCUCUCUCUCUCUCUCUCUCUCUCUUUCUUUCUUUCUCUCUUUCUAAAUUUAUUUAAUCAUUUUUUCAAUACAAACAACAACCGCAAAAGACACAUACAACAAAAACCAUAAUAACACCAAUAACAAAUUUGACAAUUCAGAUUUGAAUACACUGAUAUACCUAUGGCUACACCUUUUUAACAAUAUUUCCCCACCUCUCUCUCCUCCCCCUACUUCCCACCACUAUCCGCCUUAUCGCUUAAAUAUUCCUUCCAUGUUUCUUCAUAUUUAUCCAUUCUUAAUUUGCGUCAACAUGCAAUUCGUUCGUAUGUAGCUAAGCUGUCCAUGUUAUCAAUCCGUGUGCUCAAUGGAAUCUUUUUGCGGCUCUUCCAAUUCAUCAAAACAAGUUUUUUUGGUUCUAAUAUAGCAUGGUACAUCCAUUUUUUUUGACCCCUUAAUAUCUCCCACAUUUCCAGAAUAUAAUUACGUCUAUAUCUUUCUUCUUCCAUGACCUCAAAAGCUCAUGGUGGGUAACACUUCUUUCUAGAAACAUAUGAUUGGGCAAAUCCUAUAUCCAUAAUUAAGAGUUUUUAGAGAUAACUCAGUUCCCUGUCUGUUGAAGAAGGUAGCUCAAUGGUAGAGCAUUUGACUGCAGAUCAAGCUUUUCUUACCCCCUCUUUGGGGGGAAAGGAGGAAUAAAUCGUAUCCGGGUGUUAUAACCCCCUACAUAUAGAGAAUAGGGAUGCAAGUGACGCUGUGGUCUCUAAACCACUGAGCCUCUUGGGCUUGCCGGUCAGAAGGUCGGCGGUUCGAAUCCCUGCGACGGGGUGAGCUCCCGUUGCACUGUCCCAGCUCCCGCCAACCUAGCAGUUUGAAAGCAUGCCAGUGCAAGUAGAUAAAUAGGUACCGCUGUGGUGGGAAGGUAAACAGCAUUUCGGUGCGCUCUGACACUCGUCACAGUCCUAUGUGUGCCAGUAGCGGUUUAGCAUUGCAGGGAUUGGCACUGUGGUCUAAACCACUGAGCUUCUUGGGCUUGCCAAUCAGAAAGCCGGCGGUUCGAAUCCCUGUGAUGGAGUGAGCUCUCAUUGCUCUGUUCCAGCUCCUGCCAACCUAGCAGUUCAAAAGCACACCAGUGCAAGGAGAUAAAUAGGUACCGCUCCGGCGGGAAGGUAAACGGCAUUUCUGUGCACUCUGGCUUCCAUCACAGUGCCCUGUUGUGCCAGAAGCGCUUUAGUCCUGCUGGCCUCAUGACCUGGAGAGCUGUCUGUGGACAAAUGUCGGCUCCCUCAACCUGAAAGCGAGAAGAGCGCCACAACCCCAUAGUCGCCUUUGACUGGACUUAACUGUCGACGGGUCCUUUGCCUUUUACCUUUUACUAGAUGAACCUUGGAGGUCCUUUCCAAUUCUACAGUUCUAGUAUUCUAUGACAUUAAAGGCUUAGUUCCCUGUUGUCAGGGGACGCGGGUGGCGCUGUGGGUUUAACCACAGAGCCUAGGACUUGCUGAUCAGAAGGUUGGCGGUUCGAAUCCCCGCGAUGGGGUGAGCUCCCGUUGCUCAGUCCCUGCUCCUGCCAACCUAGCAGUUCGAAAGCACGUCAAAGUGCAAGUAGAUAAAUAGGUACCACUCCGGCGGGAAGGUAAAUGGCAUUUCUGUGCGCUGCUCUGGUUUGCCAGAAGCGGCUUAGUCAUGCUGGCCACAUGACCCGGAAGCUGUACGCCGGCUCCCUCGGCCAAUAAAGCGAGAUGAACGCCUCAACCCCAGAGUCGGCCACGACUGGACCUAAUGGUCAGGGGUCCCUUUACCUUUACCUCCCUGUUGUCAAAUGAGAUUUGCCAUCUCAGGGAACAACCAGUGAUGCUCUGGCAGAUGAUCUCAGGGAUCGAGCUGGAACUUAAAGAUUAAGGACGUACAGUCAUACCUCGGGUUACAGACGCUUCAGGUUGCGUUUUUUUGGGUUACGGACCGCCGAAUCCCGUAAGUACCGGAAUGGGUUAUUUCCUGGUUUCGGUGGCCGCGCAUGUGCAGAAGCGCCAAAUCACAACCCGCGCGUGCGCAGAUGUGCAGCUGUGGCUUACGAACGGUGUGGGCUGCAAACGUGCAUCCAGCACGGAUCAUGUUCGCAACCCGAGCUUCCGCUGUAUGUUGUUCAGGGCUUUGUAAAUUAAUCCAAGGACCUCGAACCUGGCUCAGUAGUAGAUGAGCAGCCAGUGCAGACACUUUAACAGUUCUGUCACAUGUUGUUGGUCAGAUGUUCCUUCAGCAACCACCACAUUCUGCACCAGCCAGAGCUUUUGAGUCAGGCCCAAGGGCAACCCCACAUUACAGUAGUCCAGCCUCAAGGCUCCGAACACAUAGACUAGCUGUGUCCUCCAGCUGUUUGGACUGAUGAGAGUUGGACGUUCUAAACAUCUGGAGGCCACCAGGCUGCUCCAGAAACCCUUUGCAAUGCACAGGUUGAUGUGGAAGCGUUGCCUGCUAGGUAUAAUGUUUGCAGUUGUUAGUCAUAAGUACACAGGAGAACUAUGUGGCAAAACCAGUAUGCAUAAGAAGGCUUGCUGGGCAGGCAUGCCUAGGUGCCGGGGGUAUAGCUCAGCGGUAGAGCAUUUGACUGCAGAUCAAGAGGUCCCUGGUUCAAGUCCGGGUGCCCCCUCUUUUUAGAGGAAUUUGUUUCUGGUUUGCCACCAUCCUGCUUUCUCCAAUAACUUGUGGUGGGUAACAUGGGAGAUGCUUUUAAUGAAAUUUGAUGUAGAACAGGAAGAUCAGUGAUGGUAGAAAGGUGAUUUCCCCAACUUUACUCAUCUUCUCCUGCCUUGUGCAACAUUAGGAAGUGUAGGUAGUUUUCCCAGGUGUCCUCUCAGCCUGCAAGCAGAUGAUGGUUGGGCCAGGACUCUGCAUGAGUUGACUAUGUACUCAACAACCUUUUGCAAUGCAGAGAUUUGCAGGAGGUGGUUGCUCAGCAGGGGGAAAAAAUGAUGAUGUGGCAAAAGUUGCCUAUAGGUGGAGCAAUUAAAACCAUUAGCCGUAAGUACACAGCAGAGAACAAUGUGGCAAAACCCGUAUCCAUAAGAACGCUUGCUGGGCAAACAUGUCUAUGUGCCGGGGGUAUAGCUCAGCGGUAGAGCAUUUGACUGCAGAUCAAGAGGUCCCUGGUUCAAGUCCGGGUGCCCCCUCUUUUUAGUGGCAGCUGGGGCUCUGCUGUUCUCCUGCCUUCCCAACAUUGCAGGCUCCCGCUGCUUACUGCAAGGGGAAGGUGCUCAGAGCUCAGUGCAUUGCAUGGUGGCAGGUGCAUCAGAUUCCCUCUAUCACCAUGCUCUCUGCUCCUUGCUCCUGAGCUGCCAGCCUACUGUUCUGUUGUCACACUGCAGUUAGUGUGGCCAUCUAUCAGUGACCAUACAAACCGCAAUGUGACGACAGCCUUACAUUUUUAUUAUAUGGUUUCCUCACCUUUACUGAUCUUCCUCCGCCAUGUGCAGAUACAAGAUGUUUAAGCUGUUUUUCUCAGACGUAAUCUCAGUUUGCAAGGGGAUGGUGGGCCCAAAGAAAUACCUAGUGCACUGUGUGAGCUGACUCUGCUCAAGAACCAUAAAUUAGCAGCAGGUUGUUCUGCAGAAGGAAAAAAUGAUGCGGCCAGUGUUUCCUGUAGGCAGAGUAUUUAAAACCAUUAGUCGAAAGUACAGGGUAGAGAACUAUGUGGCAAAACCUGUAUCCAUAAGAGCACUUCCUGGACAGACAUGCCUAUGUGCCGGGGGUAUAGCUCAGCGGUAGAGCAUUUGACUGCAGAUCAAGAGGUCCCUGGUUCAAGUCCGGGUGCCCCCUCUUUUUAGAGGAAUUUGUUUCUGGUUUGCCACCUCCUCACUUUCUCCAAUAGCUUGUGGUGGGUAACCUGGUAGAUGGGUGUAAGGAAAUAGAGGCUGCAACCAUUUUAUGCGCGUCCGAAAUGUGUGUGACCGUGCACAUUGCUCCAAACCCGGAUGUGACCCCCCCAUUUUUAAAGGGGCUGGUGAGGAGGCGCAGCUGUUCUGCCUUGAUUUCCCAGCAUUGCAGACCACUGCUGUUUCCUGAGAGGGAGAGGUGGCAGGGAUCUUGGCGCAUUGCAUGGCGCAUGAGCAUUUGAUCAGUAGGCAGCGGCACAGUGUAGGGAAGUGGCGUCUCAUGCUCAUUCCCCCCACGGCUGAAAGAAAGAAGCCUGUGUAUUAAAUUGCAGGCUUUUUUCUCUUGCUUCCAACAGCAGCAGGGCAGGAGGACGAAAGGGAGAAUUACUAUCUCCCCUUCGUUCCUCUCCUCCCCACCAGCGACAGGAGGAAUUUGAGACAGUGCUUACUAUUGCCUGCCUCCCUCAGCUGCCAGCUUCCUGUCCUCUUUUCACACUGCAGUUCAUGGGGCCACCUGUUGGUGACCAUUCAAAUUGCAGCGUGGUGACAUCCUUACAAUUUUAUUAUAUACCACGAAAAAAGAUCAGUGGUAGUUAUCUAUAUCUAUCUAUCUAUCUAUCUAUCUAUCUAUCUAUCUAUAUGUCCACCUUUACUGAUCUUCUCCUGCCAUGUGCCACUAGAAGAAGUGCAGGUAGUUUUCUCAUAUGUAAUAAUCAUUUUGCAGGGGAUUGUUUUUGGGCCUAAAGCUGUAACCUCUGUGUGAGCUGACUGCUCUAGAGCACUUUGCAAGACAGAGAUUUGCGGGAGGUUAUUCCUCAGUAGAAAGCUUGAUGUGGAGUGAGUUGCCUGUAGGUUGGGCGUUUAAAACCAUUAGUCGAAAGUACAGGGUAGAGAACUAUGUGGCAAAACCUGUAUCCAUAAGAGCACUUCCUGGACAGACAUGCCUAUGUGCUGGGGGUAUAGCUCAGCGGUAGAGCAUUUGACUGCAGAUCAAGAGGUCCCUGGUUCAAGUCCGGGUGCCCCCUCUUUUUAGAGGAAUUUGUUUCUGGUUUGCCACCUCCUCACUUUCUCCAAUAGUUUGUGGUGGGUAACCUGGUAGAUGGGUGUAAGGAAAUAGAGGCUGCAACCAUUUUAUGCGCGUCCGAAAUGUGCGCGACCGUGCACAUUGCUCCAAACCCGGAUGUGACCCCCCAUUUUUUAAGGGGGUUGGUGAGGAAGCGCAGCUGGUUCUGCCUUGCUCUCCCAGCUUCCCACCAUUGCAGGCCACUGCUGUUUCCUGAGAGGGAGAGGUGGCAGGGAUCCUGGCGCAUUGCAUGGCGCAUGAGCAUUUGAUCAGUAGGCAGCGGCACAGUGUAGGGAAGUGGCGUCUCAUGCUCAUUCCCCCCACGGCUGAAAGAAAGAAGCCUGUGUAUUAAAUUGCAGGCUUUUUUCUCUUGCUUCCAACAGCAGCAGGGCAGGAGGACGAAAGGGAGAAUUACUAUCUCCCCUUCGUUCCUCUCCUCCCCACCAGCGACAGGAGGAAUUUGAGACAGUGCUUACUAUUGCCUGCCUCCCUCAGCUGCCAGCUUCCUGUCCUCUUUUCACACUGCAGUUCAUGGGGCCACCUGUUGGUGACCAUUCAAAUUGCAGCGUGGUGACAUCCUUACAAUUUUAUUAUAUACUACGAAAAAAGAUCAGUGGUAGUUAUCUAUAUCUAUCUAUCUAUCUAUCUAUCUAUCUAUCUAUCUAUAUGUCCACCUUUACUGAUCUUCUCCUGCCAUGUGCCACUAGAAGAAGUGCAGGUAGUUUUCUCAUAUGUAAUAAUCAUUUUGCAGGGGAUUGUUUUUGGGCCUAAAGCUGUAACCUCUGUGUGAGCUGACUGCUCUAGAGCACUUUGCAAGACAGAGAUUUGCGGGAGGUUAUUCCUCAGUAGAAAAGCUUGAUGUGGAGUGAGUUGCCUGUAGGUUGGGCGUUUAAAACCAUUAGUCGAAAGUACAGGGUAGAGAACUAUGUGGCAAAACCUGUAUCCAUAAGAGCACUUCCUGGACAGACAUGCCUAUGUGCUGGGGGUAUAGCUCAGCGGUAGAGCAUUUGACUGCAGAUCAAGAGGUCCCUGGUUCAAGUCCGGGUGCCCCCUCUUUUUAGAGGAAUUUGUUUCUGGUUUGCCACCUCCUCACUUUCUCCAAUAGCUUGUGGUGGGUAACCUGGUAGAUGGGUGUAAGGAAAUAGAGGCUGCAACCAUUUUAUGCGCGUCCGAAAUGUGCGCGACCGUGCACAUUGCUCCAAACCCGGAUGUGACCCCCCAUUUUUAAGGGGGGUUGGUGAGGAAGCGCAGCUGGUUCUGCCUUGCUCUCCCAGCUUCCCACCAUUGCAGGCCACUGCUGUUUCCUGAGAGGGAGAGGUGGCAGGGAUCCUGGCGCAUUGCAUGGCGCAUGAGCAUUGAUCAGUAGGUAGUGGCACAGUGUAGGGAAGUGGCGUCUCAUGCUCAUUCCCCCCACGGCUGAAAGAAAGAAGCCUGUGUAGUAAAUUACAGGCUUUUUUCUCUUGCUUCCAACAGCAGCAGGGCAGGAGGACGAAGGGGAGAAUUACUAUCUCCCCUUCGUUCCUCUCCUGCCCACCAGUGACAGGAGGAAUUUGAGACACUGCUUACUCUUGUCUGCCUCCCUCAGCUGCCGGCUUCCUGUCAUUUUCUCACACUGCAGUUCAUGGGACCACCUGUUGGUGACCAUUCAAAUUGCAGCGUGGUGACAGCCUUACAAUGUUAUUAUAUACUACGAAAAAAGAUCAAUGGUGGUUAUCUAUAUCAUCUAUAUCUAUAUCAUCUAUAUCUAUCUAAUUUCUAUACGCCCGCCUUUACUGAUCUUCUCCUGCCAUGUGCCACUAGAAGAAGUGCAGGUAGUGUUCUCAUAUGUAUAAAUCAUUUUGCAGGGGAUUGUUUUUGGGCCUAAAGCUGCGACCUCCGUGUCAGCUGACUCUGCUCUAGAGCACUUUGCAAGACAGAGAUUUGCGGGAGAUCAUUCCUCAGUAGAAAGCUUGAUGUGGAGUAAGUUGCCUGUAGGUAGGGUGUUUAAAUCAUUUGUCGAAAGUACACGGUAGAGAACUAUGUGGCAAAACUGGUAUCCAUAAGAAGGCUUCCUGGGCAGACAUGCCUAUGUGCCGGGGGUAUAGCUCAGCGGUAGAGCAUUUGACUGCAGAUCAAGAGGUCCCUGGUUCAAGUCCGGGUGCCCCCUCUUUUUAGAGGAAUUUGUUUCUGGUUUGCCACCUCCUCACUUUCUCCAAUAGUUUGUGGUGGGUAACCUGGUAGAUGGGUGUAAGGAAAUAGAGGCUGCAACCAUUUUAUGUGCGUCCGAAAUGUGCGCGACCGUGCACAUUGCUCCAAACCCGGAUGUGACCCCCCCCAUUUUUUAAGGGGGUUGGUGAGGAAGUGCAGCUGUUCUGCCUUGAUCUCCCAGCUUCCCAGCAUUGCAGACCACUGCUGUUUCGUGAGAGGGAGAGGUCGCAGGGAUCUUGGCGCAUUGCAUGGCGCAUGAGCAUUUGAUCAGUAGGCAGCGGCACAGUGUAGGCGUGAGGCUUGUGGAAGCAUACUACAACUACAGACUUAUUAAUCAUAAAUCAGGACAAAGAAACAUGUCGUCUCUCUCAUGUCGUCUCAGAGAGAAACAAAAGCAAAACCUGUACACACAACGGACGUUCCCAGCAUACUGUGCUAGAAUGUAAACAGACAUGUGACACGUAACAACCCCAUGUCUGUUCCUUAAGGCGGAAUGGAAAGCUCAACAAAACCCACCACCCCUUGCAAAUUCCCCUCCUUUUACACCUCACCAACAUUCCAUAUCCAUAGUUCACCCCAUCUACCAGCCAUCUUCUGACAUGCCGUAGUAGCUGCUGAGGCAGUUCAGGGCACGUUCCAUUACUCUGUCUACUUUCCAACACCGCAGAUUGCUGCUGUUGACCAAAAGCGGGCAUGUGGCAUAGACCAAUCUGACGGUUUUGCCACCACACAGAUAUGUCAAGUUCCCUGCAUGCCCCACAACCAGCAUUCAGUGAUUUAGGGGAAUGUAUUUCCAGGUGUUGCCAGCACCUUGUUUUCCGCAGUAGCUUGUAAUGGGAAACCUCAUAGGUUUAGUGGAAUACGAUGUAACUGAGACUGUGCCGCCGCUCGCAUUGCUCACCAUCCCCACCCAUCCACUACCCCCUGCCAAACCUGUUGGCAUCCAGAGGGCAAGGAGGCCAGCUGGCUAGCCCUGGGUGGACCGUCUCCUUCCAGUCUUCCCGGUGCGAAGACCAUCGCCUCUGCUCCGAUAUAAAUCAGCGACCCGGGCUUCAGAGCCAGGGCACACUAUCAGCAGAUAGAACUGCGCACACAGUGUAGGUGUGAGGCUUGUGGACGCAUACUACAACUACAGAUUUAUUAAUCAUAAAUCAGGACAAAGAAACAUGUCAUCUCUCUCUCUCUCUCUCAUGUCGUCUCAGAGAGAAGCAAAAGCUAUACACACAACGGAAGUUCCCGGCAUAAUGUGCUGGAAUGUAAACAGACAUGUGACACGUAACAAUCCCAUGUCUGUUCCUUAAGGUGGAAUGGAAAUGUCAACAAAACCCACCACCCCUUGUAAAUUCCCCUCCUUUUACACCUCACCAACAUUCCAGAUCCGUAGUUCACCCAAUCUACCAGCCAUCUUCUGACAUCCAGUAGUAGCUGCUGAGGCAGUUCAGGGCAAGCUCCAUAACUCUGUCUACAUUCCAACACCACAGAUUGCUGCUGUUGACCAAAAGUGGGCAUGUGGCAUAGACCAAUCCGAUGGUCUUGCCACCGCACAGAUAUUUCAAGCUCCCUGCAUGCCCCACAACCAGCAUUUAGUGACAUCUCACCUUCAUUGCCCCUACUACCGAGAGAAGGAAGCCUGCAAUUCACGCUCCAGAGGUUUCCCCCUAUCAAUUUCUGUGGCAGUGGGGGGUCCUCUCCCCACCCACCAGUUGUGGUUGCAGGGGGAGCAUGGCGCAGCUUAGACCUUCCUCUUUUCACUACAUGCCACUGCUGGUGGCAGAGGAAGAGGGGAAUGGACAAAGCUGUGAGGCAGGUGGCAGCAGCCUGUCCUGCCUUUUCCUCUGUGUCUUGCUUGGGUUACACCCCGACAGCCUGCCUGAGCUGCCCACCUGCUCUUGUUUUCGCACUACAGUUUGUGUGGCCCUCUGCUGGUUGGCCAUACAAACUGCAGCCUGAUGACAUCCUUACAAUUUUGAUAUAUACUAAGACAGAAGAGUGAAGCUGCGGCUCCAAUACUUUGGCCACCUCAUGAGAAGAGAAGACUCCCUGGAAAAGACCUUGAUGUUACUAUCUCCCCUUCGUUCCUCUCCACUCCACCAGCGACAGGAGGAAUUUGAGACACUGCUUACUCUUGUUUGCCUCCCUCAGCUGCCGGCUUCCUGUCCUCUUCUCACACUGCAGUUCAUGGGGCCACCUGUUGGUGACCAUUCAAAUUGCAGCGUAGUGACAUCCUUACAAUUUUAUUAUAUACUACGAAAUAAGAAGAUCAGUGGUGUUUAAAAAAAAUUAAAUCACCUGCCUUUACUGAUCUUCUCCAGCCAUGUGCCACUAGAAGAAGUGCAGGUAGUGUUCUCAUAUGUAAUAAUCAGUUUGCGGGGGAUUGUUGUUGGGCCUAAAGCUGCGGCCUCCGUGUGAGCUGACUCUGCUCUAGAACACUUUGCAAGACAGAGAUUUGCGGGAGGUUAUUCCUCAGUAGAAAGCUUGAUGUGGAAUGAGUUGCCUGUAGGUAGGGCGUUUAAAACCAUUAGUCGAAAGUACAUGGUAGAGAACUAUGUGGCAAAACUGGUAUCCAUAAGAAGCCUUCCUGGGCAGACAUGCCUAUGUGCCGGGGGUAUAGCUCAGCGGUAGAGCAUUUGACUGCAGAUCAAGAGGUCCCUGGUUCAAGUCCGGGUGCCCCCUCUUUUUUUAGAGGAAUGUAUUUCCAGGUAUUGCUAGCGCCUUUUCCCCCGCAAUAGCUUGUAAUGGGAAACGUCAAAAAUGGGUUUAGUGGAAUACGAUGUAACUGAGACUGUGCACCUGCUCGCAUUGCUCACCAACCCCACCCAUCCACUACCCCCUGCCAAACCUGUCGGUGUGCAGAGGGCUGGGAGGCCAGCUGGCUAGCCCUGGCUGGACCGUCUCCUUCUGGUUUUCCUGGUUCGAAGACCAUCGCCUCUGCUCCGACAUAAAUCAGAGACCCGGGCUUCAAAGCCAGGGCACACUAUCAUCUGAUAGAACUGCGCACACAGAACAGGCGUGAGGCUUGUGGAAGCAUACUAUAACUACAGAUUUAUUAAUCAUAAAUCAGGACAAAGAAACAUGUUCUCUCUCUCUCAUGUCGUCUCAGAGAGAAACAAAAGCAAAAGCUAUACACACAACGGAAGUUCCCGGCAUAAUGUGCUGGAAUGUAAACAGACAUGUGACACGUAACAAUCCCAUGUCUGGAUUGUUAAGGUGGAAUGGAAUUGUCAACAAAACCUGCCACCCCUUGCAAAUUCCCCUCCUUUUACACCUCACCAACAUUCCAGAUCCAUUUGUUUUGUUUAGUCGUUUAGUCGUGUCCGACUCUUCGUGACCCCCUGGACCAGAGCACGCCAGGCACUGCUGUCUUCCACUGCCUCCCACAGUUUGGUCAAACUCAUGCUGGUAGCAUCAAGAACACUAUCCAACCAUCUCGUCCUCUGUCGUCCCCUUCUCCUUGUGCCCUCCAUCUUUCCCAACAUCAGGGUCUUUUCCAGGGAGUCUUCCCUUCUCAUGAGGUGGCCAAAAUAUUGGAGCCUCAGCUUCACGAUCUGUCCUUCCAGUGAGCACUCAGGGCUGAUUUCCUUCAGAACGGAUAGGUUUGUUCUUCUUGCAGUCCAUGGGACUCUCAUGAGUCUCCUCCAGCACCAUAAUUCAAAAGCAUCAAUUCUUUGGCGAUCAACCUUCUUUAUGGUCCAGCUCUCACUUCCAUACAUCACUACUGGGAAAACCAUGGCUUUAACUAUAUGGACCUUUGUUGGCAAGGUGAUGUCUCUGCUUUAUAAGAUGCUGUCUAGGUUUGUCAUCACCUUUCUACCAAGAAGCAGGCGUCUUUUAAUUUCGUGACUGCUGUCACCAUCUGCAGUGAUCAUAGAUCACCCAAUCUACCAGCCAUCUUCUGACAUGCAGUAGUAGCUGCUGAGGCAGUUCAGGGCAAGCUCCAUAACUCUGUCUACAUUCCAACACUGCAGAUUGCUGCUGUUUACCAAAAGCGGGCAUGUGGCGUAGACCAAUCCGACGGUCUUGCCACCACACAGAUAUGUCAGGUUCCCUGCAUGCCCCACAACCAGCAUUCAGUGACUUCUCACCUUCAUUGCCCCUACUACCGAGAGAAGGAAGCCUGCAAUUCACAACCCAGAGGUUUUCCCCUAUCAAUUUAUGUGGCAGUGGGGGGUCUUCUUUCCACCCCACCAGCUGUGGUAGCAGGGGGAGCAUGGUGCAGCUUAGACCUUCCUCUUUUCACUACAUGCCACUGCUGCUGGAGGAGGAAGAGGGGAAUGAGAAAGCUGUGAGGCAGGCGGCAGCAGCCGCCUCAGUCUGUCCUGCCUCUUCCUCUGUGUCUUGCCUGGGCUACACCCCGACAGCCUGCCUAAGCUGCCCACCUGCUCUUGUUUUCACACUGCAGUUUGUGUGGCCCUCUGCUGGUGGCCAUACACACUGCAGCCUGAUGACAUCCUUACAAUUUUGGUAUAUACUAAGAUCAGAGUUUCCUGUAGGUAGAGCAUUUAAAGCCAUUAGUCGUAAGUACACAGGAGGAGAACUAUGUGGCAAAACCAGUAUCCAUAAGAAGGCUUGCUGGGCAGGCAUGCCCAGGUGCCGGGGGUAUAGCUCAGCGGUAGAGCAUUUGACUGCAGAUCAAGAGGUCCCUGGUUCAAGUCCGGGUGCCCCCUCUUUUUAGAGGAAUUUGUUUCUGGUUUGCCACCAUCCUGCUUUCUCCAAUAACUUGUGGUGGGUAACAUGGAUUUCAUGAAAAGUGGUGUAAAAUAAGAUCAGUGGUGUCAUAGAGAUGGCUUCUCCACAUUUAGCUCAGUGGUAGAAAAUCUGACUGCAGAUCAAGUCCCUGAUGUGUGCAAAAUGGUAGAAGGACUUAAUUUAUGAUGUAAAUAAACCUGUUUAUAGAAAGAUACAGGGCAUAUCUGGUGCCCUUACAUAGAUUUCGUAGUGAUUAAAAACCUGUGUUCUGGUAUUUGACUUCUGAUCAAGGAGUCUUGGUUCUAAUCUGGUGCUACCAGCUCUCUCUUAUGUAUUUAGCAUAAUUAUAGUUUUGUGAAUUUUACAACACCACCAUUAAACAUCACCUGGGCAAUGUAAUAAUUAUUCCUAAUUGAAUAGUUAAAUUCAAAAUUCUAAAGAGAGGCUGAGAAGGUACAUGGGUUUAAAAUUGUAUUUAUACUAGCUCAGCUAUCUUGUGAGCUGAUCAGUAAAGGCUUUACCCCCUUGAAAAGUAAGGUAUAAAUACAGUCCUUAAAAACAUGUCUCUUUGUUCAAAAAAUCUCUCUGUGUGGAAAUAAAAACAACCGUUUUCCUCACUCUUCUGGUGAGUUUUGAAGGAAAGUGUGAUUCUGCUCUCUGAAGCUCUGAAACACAUAGCUGCGCAUAAAGCACAGAUAAGCUUUGUUUCCCAAACUUUCUAGAUCUGAAUCACACUUCCCUGCUCCUGAAUUAUAACUGGAAGCAUACUUCACUCCAUGGGUACAAACUAAGACCUGGGGGCCAGAUCCAGCCCAAUCGCCUUCUAAAUCCGGCCCGCGGACAGUCCGGGAAUCAGAGUGUUUUUACAUGAGUAGAAUGUGUCCUUUUAUUUAAAAUGCAUCUCUGGGUUAUUUGUGGGGCAUAGGAAUUCAUUCAUCCCCCCCAAAAAAAUAUAGUCUGGCCCCCACAAGGUCUGAGGGACAGUGGCUGAAAAAGGCCCAUGGCUGAAAAAGGUUGCUGACCACUGCUUCACUCUCACACUGAAAAAUAAUUACUUUUUCUAAAAAGUAUAAAAAUAACAAGGAUCACCCAGCUUAGCUUGAUGGAGAGCUCCUGAGAAAUUGGAAGCUUUCUUCCUCAGUCUUUUCCCCCUUUUGGUUGGUCAGUCAUAAUAACAAAGGCAAUGAUUUUAUUAAGUAGGGAAUCUAUUUUAGUGUGUUUAAGGGGUAUUGUGUAGCCCAGGACCCGUGGUGCAUGAAUACUGGAGCUUCAGGUUUCUCUAUGAAGCGUUUAACCUAAAAUUUUAUUUUUAUCUCUCUUUCAUGUAGGUUUGCUGCAAAGCUCAUUGCUGGCGUGUUGGAUUUCAAGGCAAAGAUUGACCAGUGAGUAUUCUGGACUGGCAAAAUCGGGAAAUGCAGAGAGAGUGUCACAUGCAGGACACAACCUGCUGGUGUGAGAUGUAAACAUAGGGUAUCUUCAGGUGUGUGUGAGAGAGGAGAGUCUACUGUUUCAGGGCGCUAUUGGGUGUGCAUUAGACAGCUAUGGCUGUUGCCACUGUGGUCUUGACACUGGCAACCUCAGGACUGGAUUACUGCAACAUACUCAAUGUGGGGCUUCCCUUGGGCUUAACCCAGAAGAAUUUAGUACCUCGGCUGUACAACCAGGCAAACAAACCAAAAAACCAACAAACCAAAACCUCACUUAGAUAAAUUAAAAUCAAGGGGAGGAGAAAUACAUUAAAAGCAUCUUGCCCGCUUCUAAAAGGCCACAGAUUAAAUUUUAAACUAAGUCCAAAGGCCUGGUUCUAGAGGGAAGUUUUUGCCUGGCACCUAAAGAUAUAUAAUGAUAGCACCAGCCGAGCCUCCCUAGGGAGAGGAUUCCUCAAGCGGGGAGCCACUGCAGAAAAGGCCCUGUUCUCGUGUUGCCACCCUCCGGACCUCUCAUGGAGGAGGCGCACAAAAAAGGUCCUCAGAGGAUGAUUGCAGGGCUGGGUCAGUUCCUUAAGGCCCUUUUAACAUUUAAAGCCCAAACAACUUGAGACCGGGGUAUCUCAGGGAUUGCCUUGCCCCGUACAUCCCUGCCUGGAAACGGCUCCUAAUAAUGUGGCACUGCUGAGAGUACUCCAUGUCUCAGAGGUGAGCUUCAUAUGCAGCAAAAGAGGGGGGCUUUUAGUGUUGCAGCUCCAGCCCUCUGGAAUGGGUUACCAGCUGAAAUUAGGCAUUUCAAUAUUUAGGUGACUACUGAAGACAUUUUUGUUUAAAGAAGCGUUUCCCCGAGGGGUGACCCGGUCAUUUAUGGAGCAACUGUGUAGCUGAAAGAAAAACGUCCUGUUGUUCUUAGAACUUGUAAAGAUGGCUGUAUCGUUUUUAGAGUUUUCCAAAAUGGCUUUUUGGAACUUGGUGUUUCAUUCUGCUUCUCUCCUGCAGAUUUCUGCUGUGAAACGCUCUAUAAAUUUGUUAAAUAAAAUAAUAAGUGGUCCUCAAGAGCAUAUGUGACGAUAAAGGCUAACGUGUAUAUUGUGGCAUAAGCUUUUGUGGACUGCCUUGCCUAAAACACACCCCAUAUCAACUCUACUGCCCAGAGCAGCAGCAGUGACCUUACAGAUUGAGAUUUGAAGGGCAUUGACUUGUUUAUCUCCUUUCCCCCCCUUCAUGCCAGCCAGACCCUGUUAGUCGAAUAUUCCCGAGGCUACCCGCUCUGUAUGGAGCAAUAUUCCCGCAUCUUUGCCUCGUGCAGACUCCCAGGGCCUAAGCACGAUUCCGUCUUGCUGCCUCCACCCGGCCGAAGACCGCCCACCUACAUCACGGUAGUCCGCAACUUCCAGGUAACUAUCAUUGUACCACUAUACAGUGGUACCUUGGGUUACAGACGCUUCAGGUUACAGGCGCUUCAGGUUACAGACUCCGCUAACCCAGAAAUAGUACCUCAGGUUAAGAACUUUGCUUCAGGAUGAGAACAGAAAUCACGUGGCUGCAGCGGGAGGCUGUUCUUAACCUAAAACUGUUUUUAACCUGAAGCACCACUUUAACUCCCGCUGCCACCGCGCGAUUUCUGUUCUCAUCCUGAAAUAAAGUUCUUAACCCGAGAUACUACUUCCAGGUUAGCAGAGUCUGUAACCUGAAGCGUCUGUAACCUGAAGCGUCUGUAACCCGAGGUACCACUGUUUAUAUCGUUUCCCAGUAAGCUUAAACCUUACUACAAGACGCUGCUUUUUAUGCCUCCUGCAGUUCUUCCAACUUGAAGUGUACAACAGCGACGGGACGCCUCUCACCGUCGACCAGCUGCACUGGCAGCUCCAGCGAAUCCGUGCGCAGUCUUGGAAGACCGAUAAGGAGCCCCUGGGAGUGCUAACUAGUGACCACCGACACACGUGGGGACAGGCCUACACCACUCUCAUGAGAGGUAUCUUUGUGUGUGCAUGCUGUAGGGAGACUGGGUCAGCUAUAGAAUUAUUAUUAUUAUUAUUAUUAUUAUUAUUAUUAUUAACACCCUGCCCAUCUGGCUGGUUUCCUCAGCCACUCUGGGCAGCUCCCAACAGAAUAUUAAAAACACAAUAAAACAUCAAACAUUAAAAACUUUCCUAAACAGGACUGCCUUCAGGUGUCUUCUAAAAGUCAGAUAGCUGUUUAUUUCCUUGACAUCUGAUGGGAGGGCGUUCCACAGGGCAGGCGCCACUACCGAGAAGGCCCUCUGCCUGGUUCCCUGUAAACUCACUUCUCGCAGUGAGGGAACUACCAGAAGGCCCUCGGCGCUGGACCUCAGUGUCUGGGCUGAACGAUGGGGGUGGAGACGCUCCUUCAGGUAUACUGGGCCGAGGCUGCUUAGGGCUUUAAAGGUCAGCACCAACACUUUGAAUUGUGCUCGGAAACGUACUGGGAGCCAAUGUAGGUCUUUCAGGACCAGUGUUGUAUGGUCUUGGCGGCUACUGCCCGUCAACAGUCCAGUUGCCGCAUUCUGUAUUAGUUGUAGUUUCUGGGUCACCUUCAAAGGUAGCCCCACGUAGAGCGCAUUGCAGUAGUCCAAGCGGGAAAUAACCAGAGCAUGCACCACUCUGGGAAAACAGUCUGCGGGCAGAUAGGGUCUCAGCCUGCGUACCAGAUGAAGAAGAGUUUGGAUUUGAUAUCCCACUUUAUCACUACCUGAAGGAGUCUCAAAGUGGCUAAGAUUCUCCUUUCCCUCCCUCCCCCACAACAAACACUCUGUGAGGUGAGUGGGGCUGAGAGACUUCAAAGAAGUGUGACUAGCCCAAGGCAGCUGCGUGUGGAGGAGCGGAGACGUGAACCCGGUUCACCAGAUUAUGAGUCUACCGCUCUUAACCACUACACCACACUGGCUCCAGAUGGAGCUGGUAGACAGCUGCCCUGGACACAGAAUUGACCUGCGCCUCCAUGGACAGCUGUGAGUCCAAAAUGACUCCCAGGCUGCGCACCUGGUCCUUCAGGGACACAGUUACCCCAUUCAGGACCAGGGAGUCACUCACAGCGUGCUCUUAAUCCAGUUUUCCAACACCUCCCCAGUGUUAACGCUUAACUAUGGAGGCUAAGAAAGUUAGCCCGGGGUCAAGCAUUAAUGUCUACACCAGGCCAGCAUAGAGAGCGCUCUCUGGUGGGCAGCUUCUUCAAAACAACGCAUUUUUCAGCUUGCGAGCGCAACGCUCCUUCUCUGCUGCACCGCAGCACUGGCAUAACCUUCGAGUUUCGCUUUCCUCUCCUUCCUUGCCACCAGACAAGCUGAACCGGGAAUCGGCCCGUGCCAUUCAGCGCAGCCUCUUCACCGUCUGCUUGGACGCUCCCGUCCUGAAAGUCUCGGAUGCCCUAGCGAGCAGCCGCCUGGCAGCACAGAUGCUACAUGGCGGAGGCAGCUACUCAAAUAGCGGCAAUCGCUGGUUCGACAAGACUCUGCAGGUGAGGACGACUUCAGGGUAAAGGGGGGGGGCUACUCCUUUUUGAAAGCCUGGAGGAGGCACCGCCGCUGAGGUCAGACUAGAGGUGUUUGUAAACUGGGGCUCUCUCCCCCCCCUGCCACCCCCAUGUCUUGGUUCAGGUAGGGAGGGGCUCACAAGGCAGAGCAUCUAUAGGGCGCCACAUAAAAGGGUAGCAUUAUUUUUGUCGUGCUUUUUUUGGAGAUGGAGAGAAGCAACUAAGGCUCCUUCUGCACUGUACAUUAAAAGCAGUAUCAUCCCAGUCGUGGAUUCCUCCAAAGAAUCUUGGAAAUGGCACACACAAUAUUUCUCCAAUGAAAAUAAAGGUAAAGGGACCCCUGACCAUUAGGUCCAGUCGUGGCCGACUCUGGGGUUGUGGCGCUCAUCUCGCUUUAUUGGCUGAGGGAGCCAGCGUACAGCUUCCGGGUCAUGUGGCCAGCAUGACUAAGCCGCUUCUGGCGAACCAGAGCAGCGCACGGAAACACUGUUUACCUUCCCACCGGAGCAGUACCUAUUUAUCUACUUGCACUUUGAUGUGCUUUCGAACUGCUAGGUUGGCAGGAGCAGGGACCAAGCAAUGGGAGCUCACCCCAUCUCAGGGACUCGAACCGCCAACCUUCUGAUCGGCAACCCACAGCGCCACCCGCGUCCCACUCCAAUGAAAAUAGGGACGUCCUAUUCCAUUAUUAUUAUUAUUACCCUGCCCAUCUGACUGGGUUGCCCUCCUGUAUGCACUUGGCUCUCUCCUGCAAAAUACUCGACAGUUUGGAGACACCCUAAGCAAAGGCUGUACUUAAAUAAAUGCAGAAGCAAGCAGGAAAGAAUUGGAUCGUUGCUUUUGUGGUUCUUAUGGGGAAACAUAGCCAGUCAGAUGCAUGGCCAGAGCGGUUUGGUAUGAGGAAACCCAAACCUUUUUAAAGGUGUACUACACUGUUUCCGCUUGGUGUCACCACAUUUAUUUAAUGCUUUUCUAUCCUUCCAUUAGGGACGCGGGUGGCGCUGUGGGUUAAACCACAGAGCCUAGGCUUGCCAAUCAGAAGGUUGGUGGUUCAAAUCCCUGCGACGGGGUGAGCUCCCAUUGCUCGGUCCCUGCUCCUGCCCACCUAGCAGUUUGAAAGCACAUCAAAGUGCAAGUAGAUCAAUAGGUACCGCUCCGGCGAGAACGUAAACAGCGUUUCCGUGCACUGCUCUGGUUUCGCCAGAAGCGGCUUAGUCAUGCUGGCCACAUGACCCGGAAAAACUGUCUGCGGACGAACAUCAGCUCCCUCGGCCAGUAAAGCGAGAUGAGCGCCACAACCCCAGAGUCAUUCGCGACUGGACUGAACUGUCAGGGGUCCUUUACCUUUGCCUAUUCUUUAUCCCAGGGUGGGGAAACUUUUUCAGCCCUUGUAGGAAACCUUAUCUGGACUGUGUACCAGGGGUGGGGAAGGCCAGGGUCCAAAACAGGUGUUGACAAUGUAGAUAAUAAAAAUUGCCUGUUGUGACUGAUUGAGCAAAGGAGAAGAAACCUGGCCUUGCAGUUGUUGUUGGACCCUGACUUUCAUCAACCCCAAGCAGCAAGGCCAGUGGUCAGGCAUGAUGGGAAUUGUAGUCCGGAAACAUCCCAAGGGGGAAGAGGUUCCUUGCCUCUGUUUCAAAAUGGAAGCUCUCGUAAGUCCUUUCUGUCUAUCACACCCUCUCUCUCUUUGUCUUUUCUUUCCACAUGUUUGCCUUCUCUUGCUCCCCACCCCAUUCUCCCAGUUUAUUGUGGGAGAAGAUGGCUCCUGUGGGGUGCUUUAUGAACAAGCCGUUGCUGAAGGACCACCAAUCGCCACCAUCAUAGACCACGUCCUUGACUACUGGUAAUGCCCUCACCAGGAGCGUGGAAGGGAUGUGGGGCUUGUCAGAUUCAGGUCCAGGAGAAGGCUUUGUGCAAUGGCGAUGCUGAGGAAGAGACAAGCAUAUUUCUGUUUUAAAAAAUUGUUCUAAGGAUGUUAGGUGCUCAAGCUCUCUUAAAAAUUACUGUGAGGAAGUUUAGGAGCCUUAAUAUAUAGCAGUCUUUGUCCAUGGAGUUUUCUUGGCAGGGAUACUGGAGUGGCUUGCCGGUUCCUGCUCCAGGUGGAUCACGUUUGGUCAAAACUCUCCACUAUGACCUGUCCAUCUUGGGUGGCCCUGCUUGGCAUAGCUCAUAGCUUCUCUGAGUUUUUCAAGCCCCUUUGCCACGGCAAGGCAGUGAUCCAUGAAGGGGGAUCACUGCCUAUAUAGCAGGAAGACAGGAGUGCCUGGCGUGCUCUGGUCCAUGGGAUCACGAAGAGUCGGACACAACUAAAGAACAACAAAACAAUAUAUAGCAGGAGUAGGGAGGUGCACUGCUAGAGAUGUAAAGGUCUGGAAGUAAAAACAGAAAAACUGGGGGAGAUUGUUUAAGGGUCCUCAGAGGGCAGCUCUUGAGUUUCAUAUGAAAAUGAAUAAAUAUUGCAUGCCCAGCACUGGUUCCUCUUUUGUCGAAAGCUGCCCUGUGCGAGGGGAGGACUUCCUGUGUUCUUCAACACUGGGAGGCAGACGAAAGAUGGGAGUUGGAACUUCCUGUUUUGAGAAAGCCUUUUUUAAUCUAUUUUUUUUGUCCAUUAUCCAAUGAUCUGAGGAACUCACAGUCCUGGCUACAUUUGAACAUAUUUCAUAUAGACAUCAGUUUUGUGUGGAUACCAGUCUGGAUAUUUGGAAGGUUUAUAGUACCUUAUAUGCUGAAUUUACGAUGUUAUUGACGGUGGUUGUAUUCAUAAUGUGAACUGAACUUCACAUUAUGAAUAUCCGGAGUGUGUCUCCCUUGCCAUAGGGAGACAAACAAUUGUGGGUCUUUAACCCAUCACUUUCUUUUUAAUGCAUUUUUCCUCCCUCUCUCUCUCUCUCUCCUCCCCAAUUGCCAGCAAAGAUCCUGUCCCAGUCCGCGCCCCACUGAUACCUCUGCAGUUACCCAAAAAACUCUACUUCUGUUUCACUCCAGAAAUCAAACGCGACAUCGAACAUGCCAAACAGAACCUGGACAUGUGAGUGUGUGAGUGUGUGUGUUUGAGAGUGGUGUCACAAUCAGAGUGGGAUUUGGGCAGGAGGAGGACAACCACAGCCAAAUUGGAGACAAUGGUGUGGUCUCGUUCUUGAGCGUUUCCCAGUGUGAAAACCAGGUCCAUCUUGCUCCUUGCGCUGGGUUUUCAUUCAGAACUGCCUGCCACAGCUCAGGGAAGAAGAUCACAGUGAUUCUUGUUUCUCCCCAUUAAGCCUUGUCUCUCAGCUUCCGAGUCGCAGAGACCUGGCUGUCGCAAGGGGAGCAGAGGGUUCUUUUGUACCAAACAGAUGUUUUUUAGGGACAGUUGAGAUGAGGUUAAGCCGGAGCGAGGGAGGCUGGCGCUGUACAAUGUGUCCCUCUGUUUCCUGUCCGCCACCUCCAUUUGCAUAUGAAAGGCAGCACAUGGGAAGCUGCAACUUACCAGAGAUGAGCAACAGAGGCCUCUUGGGAACACAGGAAGCAGCCCUCUUCCACGAGAACAGAAGAAUCCACGGCUGGAUUAGGCCAAAAGCCUAUCUAGUCUGCCAUCCUGUUUUGAAAGGCACCAAACAAAUGUCCAUGGGAAGCUCACAGGCAGGAGCUGAGCACAACAGUGCUCUCCCCAGUAUUCAGAAGGUGGUUUAUCAAAGCCUAUAUAAAUUAAAUAAAUUAAAUAAAAAAAUAAAAUCAUGGCUAUAAUAAUAAUUUACUAUUUAACAUCUGGCUGAGUUUCCCCAGCCACUCGGGGUGGCUUCCAAUCGAGUGUUAAAAACAAUACAGCAUUAAAUAUUAAAUACUUCCCUAAACAGGGCUGCCUUCAGAUGUCUUUUAAAGAUAAGCUACCUGCUUAUUUCCUUCACAUCUGAAGGGAGGGUGUUCCACAGGGCGGGUGCCACUACAGAGAAGGCCCUCUGUCUGGUUCCCUGUAACCUCACUUCUCGCAAUGAGGGAGAUAGCCUUACCCUCCAUGAAUUUGUCUGAUCCUCUUUCCAAGGCGUCCAACUUGGCCAUCGCUGCCUUUUGUGGGAGCGACUACCAUUGUUGAACCAUGUGCUGUGUGAAAAAAGUAUUUCCUUCCCCCCCCCCCCCCCGGUCCUGAAUCGUCCCACAUUCAGCUCCCUCAGAUGUCUCUGAAUUCUAAUGUUAUGAGAAAGGGGCAAAAAACAUCUUCCUAUUGACAUCUCCCUUCCCUCCCCACCCCGCUUACUUGCCUCCCCCCCCCCAGAAAAAUUUCACACAUACCCUUUGAUCAUUUUGGGUCAUUCCCAUGUCCGAUUGUUGUCCAUCUAGUCUCCCAGCAUUGUGUUGUCUGGAUAGCAGUGGCUCUCAGGGUCUUGGGCUGCUAUAGGCAAAACCUGGUCCCAAAGGGUUCAGAGCUUUGAAGUUUAGUACCAGAAACCCUAGGGACACGGGUGGCGCUGUGGGUUAAACCACAGAGCCUAGGACUUGCUGAUCAGAAGGUCAGCGGUUCGAAUCCCCGCGACGGGGUGAGCUCCCAUUGCUCGGUCCCUGCUCCUGCCCACCUAGCAGUUCGAAAGCACAUCAAAGUGCAAGUAGAUAAAUAGGUACCACUCCAGCGGGAAGGUAAACGGUGUUUCCGUGUGCUGCUCUGGUUUGCCAGAAGCGGCUUAGUCAUGCUGGCCACAUGACCCGGAAGCUGUACGCCGGCUCCCUCAGCCAAUAAAGCGAGAUGAGCGCCGCAACUCCAGAGUCGGCCACGACUGGACCUAAUGGUCAGGGGUCCCUUUACCUUUACCAGAAACCCUGUCAGUUCUGGGCACAGAAACAGCACAACUGAUGCAGAAUUCUAGCGGAGGAGGAACCGUGCUUCACUGUGGCAUUUAAGCUGGCCUUGGAAGAUGGUAGGAUAAGGUACAUAGUUUCUGGUAUAGCAAGGGGGUGGUGGUCAGGCAGGCAGGCUGUAAGCUGCAGCUGAGGGUUGUUGUCUAAUCAGUCUGCCUCCCUUUUCUCUUUUAUCACAGUCUCAUCACCGACCUCGACAUCAGCUGUUUCACUUACUGCGGGUUUGGCAAGGAGCUUCUCAAACGCCUUAGGCUGAGCCCAGACUCUGUCCUGCAGGUGGCACUGCAGCUAGCCUAUUACAGGUGAGGUGACUGCCUUGACAGGUAAAGGUAAAGGGACCCCUGACCAUUAGGUCCAGUCGUGGCCGACUCUAGGGCUGCGGCGCUCAUCUCGCUUUAUUGGCCGAGGGAGCCGGCGUACAGCUUCCGGGUCAUGUGACCAGCAUGACUAAGCCACUUCUGGCGAACCAGAGCAGUGCACCUUCCUGCCGGAGCAGUACCUAUUGAUCUACUUGCACUUUGAGGUGCUUUAGAACUGCUAGGUUGGCAGGAGCAGGGCAGGAGCAACAGGAGCUCACCUGUCACGGGGAUUCGAACCGCCGACCUUCUGAUCAGCAAGUCCUAGGCUCUGUGGUUUAAGCCACAGCGCCACCCAUGUCCCUUGACAGGUAGAAUUAUAGAAUUGUAGAGCUGGAAAGGGACCCUUGAGGUUCAUCUAGUCCCUACUAGCUGUCUCAAACAGGGAUCGAUCCUGCAAUCUUGGCAUGAUCAGCACCAUGCUCAGACCGGCUUGAGCUAUCCAGGAGUGAAGCCGGCUUUAGGGAAUGUUAAAUGGAAGGUGCUGUCCUGUUUUUUUCCAGGAAUAGGUGCAAGUUGGCAUCAGACCAGUUAAGGCUAAACGGAAGAAUGUGCUUUUGUGUACCGUAUUUUUCGCUCCAUAAGGCACACCUAGUUUUUAGAGGGGGAAAUCAAGAAAAAAAUAUGAAGCCUGUCCGCUUCUCCCAGAGCUUCUCCGGGCGGCCAGGGAAACCCAGGAAGCCCGGGUCCCCCCUGCCCCCAGCCCCAAAGAGCAAAGAAGCCAAGACAGCGAGCGGGAUCCAUCCCGCUCACUCUCUUGGCCUCUGCCAUAGCCACACGCAGCCUCUCCGGCCGGGAAAGGCUGUGCGCAGCUAAGGAAGCCGAGACCCCGCUCGCUUCCUUAGCCGCCAGAGAGGUUGCGCACGGCUAUGGCAGAGGCCAAGAGAGCGAGCGGGAUGGAUCCUGCUCGCUGUCUCGGCUUCCUUAGCCGCGCACAGCCUCUCCCUGCAGAAGCCCCACCUCCCACAGAAUCCCCACCUCCUGCAAAAGCCCACAGGAGCCACGCACCCUUUAAGGAGCGUGUGGCUCCUGCGGGCUUUUCCACGAGGAGGAAAAAGGGACUGACUGGCUUCGUCAGUCCCUUCUCCCUCCUGGGGAAAAGUCUGCAAGGGCUUGUGUGUGGCUCUUGGGGGCUUUUCCUGCCUACCUCCCCCCUGCAUUUGCUCCAUAAGACGCACACACAUUUCCCCUUAAUUAUCAGGAGGGAAAAAGUGUGUCUUAUGGAGCGAAAAAUACGGUAUGUGGAAUUGCUCAUCUGAGGAAGGGCAGGCUGUGUGCAUUGCGCAGAAGGGCUGUGUGUUUGUGUCUUUGUGCCUGACUGCUGUGCCUUCCUUAGGGCACAUGGGGAGCUGUGCGCAACCGCCGAGUCGGCCUCUCUCCGUCGCUUCCACCGCGGCCGGACGGAGACCAUUCGCUCCACUACCUCUGCCGCGCUGGCCUUUGUCCGAGCUAUGGCUGACGACGACUGUCAGGUAUCCAGCCCCUGCUUCCUAAGGAGGCUUGAAAGGAGAAGAGUGGACCGCACUAACUUUGGAUAUGAUGAACUGUGGCUAGAGUGUUGAACCAGGACCUGGGCAUAGCUGUCAACUUUUCCCAUUUCUUUUGAGGAAUCCAAUUUGAAUAAGGGAAUUUCCCUUAAAAAAAGGGAAACGUUGACAGCUAUGGACCUGGGAGGCUAGGCCACACUAUCACUGUGCAUUUCAAGCCCUAUUAUAUAACACAUCAUCAAUGGUCAUGGCUUCCGGUCCUCUCAGAGAGAGAACCAAUGGGAAGUGUAGUUUUCUAAGGGUGCUGAGAGUUAGGAGACCCCUCUUCCCCUCACAGAGCUAUAAUUCCCAGAGUUCCCUGCAAAGAGGGAUGGGUUAUCAGGUGAUCCCACUGCCUUGAAUUUGGGGAGUUGGCUUGGAAAGAGAGCAUUCUCUGCGGCAGACCCUAAGUUGUGGAAUCCCCACCCCCAGAGGUGCAUCUGACACCUUCAUUAUGUAGUAGUAAUAAUAAUAAAAAUAAAAAUAAUAUCAUGUGUACCUUCCACUCUAGGCAGCCUCACAACAAAAUAUAGAAACACAGUAAAAACCAUACACAGUUUUGCAAAAGACGCCCCUCUUCACCCCUGACCUUUGACAUCCAAGAUACCUAUAUAUUUAGGUCCCAGUCUAUUCUCUUGACUACAAUUUAUUUUGUGAAUUGUGUUGUUGUUUUUAUUGUUGUAAGCCACCCUGCGACUUCAUGGUGAAGGGCGUAUAAUAAAUCUAAUGCAUUGGAUGGUAUAUUCAACUAAAUUUUAUACAGAGUAAAAAGGUAAAGGGACCCCUGACCAUUAGGUCCAGUCGUGACCGACUCUGGGGUUGCGGUGUUCAUCUCGCUUUAUUGGCUGAGGGAGCCGGUGUACAGCUUCUGGGUCAUUUGGCCAGCAUGGUUCGCUUCUGGUGAACCAGAGCAGCGCACAGAAACGCCGUUUACCUUCCCGCCAGAGUGGUACCUAUUUAUCUACUUGCACUUUGACGUGCUUUCGAACUGCUAGGUUGGCAGGAGCUGGGACCGAGCAAUGGGAGCUCACCCCGUCACGGGGAUUCAAACCGCCAACCUUCUGAUCGGAAAGUCCUAGGCUCUGUGGUUUAACCCACAACGCCACCUGCAUCCCUUUUAUACAGAGUAGACGUAUUCAAAUGAAUAGACCUAACUUACGGUAGUUAUAUUCAUUAAUUUCAGGGUUGGUCUGUUCUGAGUAUAACCUAGUAAUAAAUACAGUGGUACCUCGGGUUACAGAUGCUUCAGGUUACAGACUCCGCUAAUCCAGAAAUAUUACCUCGGGUUAAGAACUUUGCUUCAGGGUGAGAACAGAAAUCGCGCAGCAACAGCGGGAGGCCCCAUUAGCUAAAGUGGUACCUCAGGUUAAGAACAGUUUCAGUUUAAGAAUGGACCUCCAGAACGAAUUAAGUUCUUAACCUGAGGUACCACUGUAAUGAUAAUAAUGUCAAUAGGCAAAUGCCACUUAUUAUUAUUAUUAUUAUUAUUAUUAUUAUUAUUUGUGUGAGAGAGACUUGGAACUUCCUGCCCUCCAUCUGUGAUCCAUUUCCUCCUCUUCUGCACACUAGGCUCCGGAAAGAUUGUCUUUGCUGAAGAAAGCAGUCGAGGUUCACAGCACCCUCACAGAGCAGGUAACAAAACCCCCUGUACAGGAGUGGCUUGGUUGCAUAAAGGAUAGACACAGGAAGCACUUAAUGCCUACUUUUACAGCUCGCUUUGAAUGACUAAUUUCCCCUCUCUACUUUUUUCCUGACCCUUUCCUUCUCUUUGUGUGACUUGUAUUUUUAUUUAGCUUGCAAGCCCAUUGCCACGCAUGCUCUCUCUUUCUCUCUCUAAUUGAUGUGAGCAGCAGUUGGAUACACAAAUCGUAUGAAAAGUGAGAUUUAAAAAAAUGUAACCAACAAACAAGGGACUCAGUGAGGAGUUCUGCAGGACUUGUGUCUUCCUGUUGGUAACGAAUGGGAAGCUCAUUGUUGGAAAUUCUGCUACAAGUCAAAAUGGCAGCAGGAUUCUUUCUUUAAAAACACAUAAAGUGUGUUUCUUGUUGGGAACUAAUCUGGCGCUGAGUGAAAGAAGGCCUGAUUUUGUGUGUGUUAAAAAAGAAAAGAAAACCCUGUUACGUGUAGGCCCGAGCCCUGAGGAACUGCAGGUGACAAUUAGGGCGUAAUUAGAUGAAACAGUCAAUCUUUGACUAGAUCCCUUCUUACAGUAUUUGAAAAGAACAAAAAGGUUUGGUGGGUGGGAGCAAGGGGGAAAGGAAUUUAGACCAGCUCCACAGUGCUACAGGAAGUGUGUUUAAAUGAUUUUGCCUGCGCUGUUUUUCUGAUUUGAUUUCUUCUCCGCACCUUUUCCCAAAGAUUGUCGGUUGUGAAUCUCCAACUGUGACAUCUUAGAUAUAUUUAAAGCUCCUCUUGACACCACCACAUGGUGGUGGUUGCAGCAAAAGCUAUUUUUAGGUGGGCGGGUGGCAGCUCUUGUUCUGAAACAAGCAGCACCAUAGCAGCCCGUAGUGACAGAGCACAAGUAUUGCAACACAAAGGAAAGUGUGGAGGAAAACCAUGGUUUGCCCAGUCCUGAGUCCAGGCUCCUUUUUUAAGGAAACAAGAGCCCACAGGUAUCAAGCUAUAGAAAUAUAACUGUACGCCAUUUUGGAUAAGCAAGCUCGCCCUUUCUUCUCUAGCUGCGUCCGGAACGCAUGCAAGCUUUGGGGGUGCCUUGGAACAGCGGCGUCACAAAGUCUGCUUCCCAUAGAGCAGUGAGAAACCCUCUGUCCUCUGAUUCUCUUGCAGGCUCUGGCUGGGCAAGGCAUCGACCGCCAUUUGCUGGGAAUGAAGCUGGAGGCCAUUGCCGAUGGCUUCCGGGUGCCGGAGCUUUUCAUGGACACUUCCUACGCUGUGGCGUCUCACUGGAAACUCUCCACGGGACAGGUAGAGUCUGCUAGGCCUCCACAUUCCUGUGUAGCUCAAGCUCAGAGUCCUUUAUGUCUUCCGUUCACCCUCUCUGAGUCCCUAAUUAUAUGUCCCAGUGACAUUUAUUUAUAAAAAUGCUUGAGUACAGCAAUUUCCUUUAAAAAAAUAAAAUUCAAGUGGUAUAUAUUCACCAUUGGUCAACAGUCUAAUGUUUCCCAGACUUGGGCCGCCAGCAAUUUUUGGACUACAGUUCCCAUCAUCCCUGACUAGCUAGGGGUGAUGGGAGUUGUAGUCCAAAAACAGCUGGAGGCCCAAGUUUGGGAAACACGGGUCUACACUGACUGGCAGUGGCCCGUCAAGGUUUCAAACUGGGCCCUGUCGCAACCCUACCCGGAGAGGCUAAGGAUUCAACCUGGGACCUUUUGCAUGAAAAAUAUGUGUCAUACCACGGAGCCGUGGCCCUUGUGUUGUGACUUUUCAAGAGCCUCCUCACACGUGAACCUCCUUGGUUGCCAAGGCCUUCUGGAGAAAUUCUGCUCUGGGUUUCAUUCUUAGAAUCUGUGGGUGUGCGGAGCAGGGCCUCGUCAGUGAUGGCACCAUGAUUGUGGGAUGCUCUUCCCAGGAGGCCUGACAAGCAACAUCCCUUAAAAAACACCCCACCCCAAUUCUUAUUACAAUUUAGUCAUACCUUUUCCUUAUGGAGCUCGAGAUUCUCUUUCCUUCCUCCCCUUACUCUAACCAAUAUUGUGAAGAAGGUCCAGUUGAGAGGAAGUGGUCAAACAUCACCUAGUUAGCUUCAUGGCUGAGUGAGAAUUUGAAUCUGGUGCUCCUCCGACACAAGACUUUUCCUGCCCCAAGUGGAAAAAAACAUGCUUGUUCCACCAGACGAGACUUAUGAAUCAGUGUGUUGCUUCUGAGGCUGGUGCUUACUGGUGAAGACCCUUUUUUGUUUUACUUCCUUUGUGGUUUGUGGAAUAUUGUUGUUUAUGUCAUUCUUCGGUCCAGUAUACCUGAAGGAACCUCUCCACCCCCUUCGUUCUGCCCGGACACUGAGGUCCAGUGCCGAGGGCCUCCUGGCGGUUCCCUCACUGAGAGAAGCCAAGUUACAGGGAACCAGGCAGAGGGCCUUCUCGGUAGUGGCACCCGCCCUGUGGAACACCCUCCCACCAGAUGUCAAAGAGAUAAACAAUUACCAGACUUUUAGAAGACAUCUGAAGGCAGCCCUGUUUAGGGAAACUUUUAAUGUUGAAUAGGUUAUUGUAUUUUAUUGUUCUGUUGGAAGCCGCCCAGAGUGGCUGGGGAAACCCAGCCAGAUGGGUGGGGUAUAAAUAAUAAAUUAUCAUUAUUACUGUUAUUACUAUUAUUAUCUUAAUGUGGAAAAACAGCCAAUACUUUAAAGAGAAAGAAGUAACAAGGGAUGGUGAUGAUCUGCUGAUCGCAUUUUAUUUUUCCUCCCUCAGGUAGCUGCCCGCACGGAUUGUGUGAUGUGCUACGGGCCGCUGGUCCCCGACGGCUAUGCGGUCUGCUACAACCCUCUGCCUACCCAUGUUAACUUUGCUGUUACUGCCUUCAAUUGUUGCCAGGAGACCAAUGCUGAGCAUCUGGCUGGUAGCAUCCAGAAGGCCCUGGAUGAUGUGGGAGCUUUGCUGGGGAACUGGGGAGUUGGGAGCGAUCAAAGGCAACCUUGAGAAGACACUCCAUACCUUGACGCUUCCUCACCUUGGACCCGAGAGAAGAUCCUCUCAGCCUCAGGCCAACGCUUACCACCCAUAAUUCCAAACACCUCAGGCCAAAAAUCUGUGCUCUACCACCCCUUUGUGCCAAAGCUUGUUAUCCUCUAGCCUUUCCUUAUCCAGAAUUCCCUUUGUAUCACUCCAGAGGGGGGGGAAACAGCUUUCUUUUUUUCUACACAGUCUUAAUUCGAAGCCAAAUCUAAUUUAUUUCCACGCGGAAUAAUGAAAUAAAUGGUUCUUUCAGG